UUUUCAUCUGUUUUCUUCAAGGAACGAGAGGACUGGUUUCUCUUUGUUUUUAUUUCUCAUCAUUAUUAUUAUUUGUUUAUUAUAUAGUAAAAUUUUUUUUUAUUUUAUACGAUAAAUUAAUAAUAAUAAAAUACGAGGCUGGCCCACUAUGAAUUUCUCAUUUGUUUAUGUUUUUCUAUCUUUUUUGUUUUUAACAAAUUUGUCAUAUGUACAAACAGCAAGAUUUAUUCGUAAUGCACAAACGCUUUCAUGCCUUGACUUAUUACCAUCCUCUUCUUCUUCAUGUAUACCUGUGACUUUGAAUCCUUGCCCUACGGACAGAUUUUCUAAUUUCUCAGUUUCAUUAAAAUGGAAUUUUAUUCCUUUAAAUACUUCUUCGCAAUUAACCGAUAAUUCUACUAUUAUGAUCGAAACAAAUGAUAAUCAAUUAUGUUUAAGUGCUACUUCGACAAAUAAUGUAGAAGCUUGUCCUUGUGAUAAUGGAAAUGCUCAAAAGUGGACUUUAGCUGAUGAUAAAAUUUUAAGUGUUGCUAAACCUAACGAAUGUUUAAGUCAACUAGGAGGUGUAGUUAACGUAGGAAAUUGUCAAUCUAAUGGAGGUCCAACCUCUUGGAAUCAUUAUCAUGUAGCUCCAAACGCGGUAAACUUAUAUCUUAAGUCGGGAUUUGUUGGUGACUCACAACAACUUUUCAUAAAUGAUUAUAAUUCGAAAUUUCUUCCUCAAGAAAUUUUUUUCUCCCCAUUCUCCCUUGAAAUUCCACCUGGAUUCGAAUUUGUUAUUGAUAGUGGAAACAAUAAUAUUAAAACAUUCGAUAACGAUGUUGCACAAAUGUCACCUAUCAAUUCUCUUACCUCAAUAAUUUCCGUCAAAUUAAAGCCCGGGAUGAUUAUUUAUGAACAACCUGCUUAUUUUAGCGCGAGCAAAUUUAUGAAAGUUGGUGAAAAAAACACUUCAAGUUUAAUUAUUGGUUCGGUUUUAAUUCCUGAAGGUUUACGUGGAGUUAUUUGGUCAAAUCCAAAUUUCACUGGUAAUAAUCUCGGUUUGUUUGAACCUAUCGCUAAUUUUACUGGUGUCUCAGUAGCAUUAAAACAAGACUUUGCCGCUAGUUUAGAUAUCUCCGCAACUAAAUGCAAAAACGAUUGUGGGUCUGGUGGAAUUUGCUCACUUAACGGUAAUUGUUCAUGCUAUAAAGGUUUUGCUGGAGACAGUUGUGAACAGUGUGAACCUGGAUUCUAUGGCCCAACAUGUCAACAAUGCCAAUGCACGACGGUUCUUAAUAAAAAUAAGUGUGAUGAUUCAAUGACAGGAUUUGGGAAAUGCAGUUGUAAUGAUGGAUUUACUGGUGACAAUUGCGAUAUAUGUGCUCCCGGUUUUACUAAAAUUGGCAAUACGUGUGAAAAAUGCAAUUGUGUUAAUGGUAUAUGUGACGAACAAAAUAAAUGUAUAUGUAAUGCCGGUUUUACUCUGGAUAAUGCACAAAAUUGCACUUUAUGUAAAGAAGGAUAUUUCCUAUCUGAUACCGAAUGCGAGCCAUGCCCUCCGGGUUGUGAGGCAUGUGAAAAUGGCAAAUGUAUAACAUGUCAACAAGGUCUUAAAGAUGAUGGUAACGGCAAAUGCAUUUUUUCUCAAGACCAAAAUCAAUCUAUAUCACAACCCACAUGUACCGUGUCAUUUUGUUUAAAUUGCUCUGGACCAAUUUGUUUGAAAUGUCAACCGCCGAAGUUGUAUUUGGAGGGUUCUUGCGUCGAUAUUGUUCCAGAUAGUGGUAAAUGUAUUCCGGCUGCAAAUACAAAUCAAAGUUUUAUUGCUGAUAAUGCUCAACAAAUUUGUAAACCUUGUCCAAGUACAUGCACAGAUUGCAAUAUUCAAAAUUUCACUCCAACAAGUGCUGUUGAUGUUCUUAAAGGUUUGCAAUGUACAAAAUGUAUACCGGGACAUUUCCUUAAUGGUACCGAAUGUGUUGAAAAUUGCCCCCCAGGAACAUAUGCCAAUACUACCAAUAACUCCUGUCAAGUAUGCGACGAUAGUUGUGACACUUGUAAUGGUCCUCGAAACAAUAAUUGUAAAACAUGUCGAAAAGAUUCCUUUAAUCACGAUGGAGUAUGUUCAACCGACCCAUGUCCUUCAGGAUUCGUAGCAAUUGACAAUAUUUGUAAAAAAUGCCACGUAGAUUGUGUAGAAUGUUCUGGCCCAGGAAUUAAUCAAUGUACAAAAUGUUCACCUGAACGUCCAAGUUUAAUAAAUGGUCAAUGUGUAGAAGUUUGUCCGAAGGGAACCUAUGCUGAUGGAGAAAAUUGCCAAAAAUGUAAUGAAGAUUGUUCUUCAUGCGUAGGACCAAGGAACGAUCAAUGUCUUGGAUGCAAUGAUCAAACAAAAGUUUUACUUGGUGGCACUUGUAGUGGAUCAUGUCCAACUGGAAGUGAGCUAGUCAAAGUUGAAAAACUCUGUCAAAGUUUGAACGGUGAAGAUAUUAUUCCACCUGGAGAAAUAAUUAAAGAAGAAAAACAGUCAAUCGUCCCCAUAAAACUUCAAUGGUGGCAUAUUCUUAUAAUUGCGGGUGGUUCGCUCUUAUUGUUAAUCUUAGCUGCUCUGUUGAUAAGAUGUAUUGCUGUAAAGAGAAGAAAGAUGAAAACUAAGGAAUUUAGUGAUCAGAUUGAUGAAAACGCGGUUGCACAAAACCUAAAGAAUAUGUUACGUAAUGCACGUGGAAUGCCAUCGCAACCAGAGAUGUCGCAUAGUUCAACGAAAGCUCAAGAAGUUGAUGACUUAAAUGCACCCCUUCCUGCUUAUGAUAAUAAGGACGGUGAAUUAUAUUGGAAGCAAAGACAACAAAGACAUCAGAAGCAUGCAUCAAUUAACCCAGAUGAUUAUAAUAAUUGGAAACAAAAAUUGAAGAGUAAAGAUUGGGAAGGAUUUGAUAUUGUAACCGAAGAAAGUUUGUCAUCUAAUAAUAAUAAUAAUAAUAAUGCAGGAUAUAGUGGAUAUAAUCAAGAAGAAAAAAAUACAUUUGAGGCUCCGAAGGAUGUCUAUAGGAAUAGUAAAGGAUCUUUAAGAUCAAAUCGUCCUAUUAGUGCUAAAAGAACUUUCGAUGUUCCAAUACGGAGAGAUAGUUGGAUUUAAAAGUCAAAAAUAUUUACAUUAAAUAUUUUUUAAACAUUCUUUUAGAUUAAAAAUAGUUAAUAUAUAAUGAUAAUGAAAUUUGAGUUAGUUUUUUUUUUAUACAUGAAAAAGGAAGGUUUUUUUAAUAAUAGCGUUUAUUUUUAUAAAAUUGUAUAUAAUUAAUUAUUUUUACUUUUACUUUUAAA